AUGAGACAAGGCAGCGAGACACCGACGAAAACUGAAGCCGUAAAGGUAACAGGCGGUCCUGCGGGCCUUACUGAGCCACGGCAGCCACAGAUCAGCCCCAUCUUGGGCCUUCAGGGGAACGAGGCCUCCCCGGCGGUGCCGCCCGUCCCUCCGGAUUCGGCCCUGCGCGGGGCCUCCCCUCCCCUCCCCUCCUCUCCCCUCCCCUCCUCCUUCUCCUCCCGCUCUGUGUGCGGUCAGGCGGGGCCUGCUGAGUGGAGCGGGCGGCCAGCGCCCCGCGAGCUUCCUCUCGGCCGGGAGCCGGCGAAGCGGAAGCGCCCGUUAGCGCGACCCGCACCGUCCCUCCCAGACCACGACCGCCAGCGCACGCUCCAACGUCCCAGGCCCAUCAUUGACCACGCCCCACGUAACUCCCACCGGCUCGCGCCCUGACGGCGGCCGAGACCCACGGCGAGAUACUCACCGCGGACGCACCGAAGAACAAGCGCCGACCGACCGCGCCGCGGAUCCGCCCAGGACCGACCGCAGACUCGCGCCCCGCCCCGCGCGUGGGCGGAUUGCGUCAACGCGUCGGUCCGCCCCCUUGCCAACGCUUUCCUCCCCGCCCCCAUUCGCCAGCUUCCGAGUGCGCAGGCGCAGGCUCGUCCGCGGUUUCCGCCUCUGCGCAGGCGCCGUGCCCCUCCCACGGCGGUUGGCCAUAUAGAGGCCGGGGGUGGGGAAGAGGUCAAGCGUAGCCUCUUCUCCUUUACCAAGAUGGCGGCUCGUCCCUGUUUCUCCACAGUUCCUACCUUAUGAGCUUCGUUUCCUUACGCUGAUAAGAGUGGAACAG